AGACCCUUCCAGAAACCUUUGGAUUACGCAGGGGAGAGGGAGAGAGCUCUCACUCCUCUCAGGUCUGGAUUUUCAGCGAUGGCGGAAGAGAAGAAGAGAACGAUAAAUCUGUUCUGCCCAUCCCUAUCGAAGUUAGUGCCGGUGGUGGCUUGGGAAGACGAGAGAAUCGACUUGGGGCACAUAGCCCGGACCUUCGGGAUUGAACCAGCAACGUUGAAGCUCAACGGGCACUUCAUAAGCAGAGGCGUCGAUCUCAUAGCUUCGUCUGUAACCUGGAAGUCUCUUCUCUCCUUCUUCUCGGCUCGCGGUUUCUCCACCGGCGCCUCCCACUCUGACGCCCUCACUGUGGACGGCAAGCUCUCUAAACUCGGCACCAAAAACCGGAUAGAAAAACCUGAGAGGGUUCAACCGGAGCCCACACCCGAGCUUGAGGAUGCCUGCGAGAAACUUUUCAAGGGUGAUCUUGUGACCGGGAAACCUUACGCCUGCGGUGGCGGGUGUACUGGUUACCCAACUCGGAUGAGGGUAGACAUGGAAUUUGCUGGGUUUGAUCCUCAAGCUCAGUCAGAUGACGAGGCCGGUGCUUUGUCCGAGGAGAUGGGCCGAUUAAUCCUUGAGCCCAAGGAUCAACUCUCCCACCUUAAUAUCCUUCUUGAAUCGGCCAAGGUGGAAAUCAAGGACCUGGAGGAAAGAGAAAAUAGGCUCGAGGAGGAGUUGAAGGCCGAAAAGGCCAAAUUGGAGGAAAAAAAGGCUUUGACCGCCCGGUUGGAAGGAAAGGCCAGAGAGCAAGAGUCCAGGUUGACGCAGCUGGAGGAGGUGCUCGCCCAAGUGGAAGAAUCUACCUGGGAAAAGGAGGAGGCGUUUCCUUCGGAGGCGGCUCAAUGGGCGACCGACCAUCACGUCCGGGCUAGAGGAGACAAUGGCUUUCUUCCGGACCAUGUACAAGGAGCCGAAAGGAAAGAAGAUGAUAACCGAUAUCGGUUCAUAUGGCUACCGGCUGACCGGAUAGUAAAACCUGAAAGGGUCCACCCGGAGCCCACGCCCGAGCUUGAGGACGCCUGCGAGAAACUUCUAAAGGGUGAUCCUGUGACCGGGAAACCUUACGCCUAUGGUGGCUGGGUGUACCGGUUACCCAACCUGGAUGGGGGCACGUCUACGGCCCAUGACGCAGAAGAUGACCGGGCCAACUCCCCGGAUUGUCAUGCUGAGGCCAGUUCUCCUCAUCCAGACAUGAACUUCUCCGGGUUUGUCAACCUUGAUGCAUCUGAUGAUGAAGUCCUCCAUUCCGACCAACCUCCUUCCCCUCCCCAAAUGUCUGGAAUGGAAGGGGCUAUCACUGCCCGGUGCACCCCUCUCCACGAGCUCAUCCGGGAUAAGAAGGUGAAGUCCCCCUCGGCCACCCAUCUCUCCGAGGGUGACCGGGCUGAUUCCCCUCAAAUCCAGGUUAAAGCAAAAUCCAAAGAGACCGGUGCUUCUUCUUCCCGCGCCAAAGCUCAAAAAAGGAAGGACUCCCAAAAGAGUUCCAGGAGGAGCAAGAGGAAGAAGACCGGGUCACUAGAUCUGGAGGGGGAGUCCAUUGAAGAAGCCUUCUUGGCCUUGGCUAAAAGACUUCACAAGACCGGGGCUAUUUCAGAGGAGGUUGGCCGAUUACUCUGGGAGCCAAGGGACCAUGUCUCCCAACUCACCCUCCUCCAUGAUUCCGCCAAGUUGGAGAUCAAUGACCGGGCUGAAAGGGAGAAGAAGCUAGAGGAAGAGCGGGUGGCAGAGAAAACCAAGCUGGAGGAGGAGAGGGCCAGGUAUGCCUGGUUGGAAGAGGAUGGGCAGAGGAAAGUGGCCGAGCUGGAGGAGGUGUUGGCCCAAGUCGAAGAAGCUGCCCGGGCAAAGGAGCAGUUCUUUCCCGUUGAUGCCGCCAACUGGGCCGCCUGCCAUCAUACGGAAGUUGCCCGGUCCAUUCUCACCACAUCGGAGGAUACCAUGGACUUCUUCAAAGUUAUGUACAUAGAGCCGGAGGGGAAGAGGAUGAUCACUCACAUCGGGUCCUAUGGGUACCAGUGCGGCAAGAAGGCUGAGAGAUCUCUUCUCUAUGGCAAGAUAGGCAAACAACGUGAGGCCCCUUACCUGUUGCAUCAUGGCUAUCACCUGUUGAUAGCCCUGCAGAGCUUGAGCAUUCACCGGUGGGCUGACCGGGUUAUAAAACCUGAAAGGGUUCAUCUGGAGCCCACUAAAGAUCUUGAGGUCGCCUGCGAGAAACUUCUCAAGGGUGAUCCUGUGACCGGGAAACCUUAUGCCUAUGGAGGCUGGGUGUUCUGGUUACCUAACCCGGAUGGGGGUACGUUUGCGACCCAUGACGCUGAGGAUGACCGGGCGAACUUCCCGGAUAGUCAUGUGAGGCCGGCUCUCCUCAUCCAGGUUGACAUGAACUUCACCAGGAUGUCCACUCUCUUCGAAGACGAUGACGAUGAUGUUGAACUUCACCAUGUUGACCAGCCUCCCAAUAACGACCAGUCAACUUUCUCCAAGCUUCCUUCUCCUCCUCACAUUCCCGAAACAGAAGGGGCCACAAGCUCACAAAAGGAAGGGCUCCCACAAGACUUCCAAGGGGGACAAAAAAAGAAGAAGACCGGGUCACUUGAUCUGGAGGGGGAGUCCAUCGAAGAAACCUUUCUCGCCUUGGCCAAAAAGCUUAGCAAGGCCGGGGUUAUCUCAGAAGAGGUUGGCCAAUCACUUCUGGAGCCAAAGGACCAGGUCUCUCAGCUGAACCUCCUGCUCGACUCGGCCAAGUCAGAGAUAAAUGACCUGGUCGAGAGGGAGAGACGACAGGAAGUAGAGCUAGAGCUGAGGACUGAGAGGGCCAAGCUUGAGGAGGAAAGGGCCCUGCUAGAGGAAGAGAGGGCCAGGUCUGCCCGAUUGGAGGAAGGGAAAAGGAAGGUCGCUGAGCUUGAGGAGGCGUUGGCCCAAGUGGAAGAAUCUGCCCGGGUCAAAGAAGAGUGUUUUCCUGAUGAUGCUGCGAAUUGGGCCGCCUGCCACCACACUGAAAUUGCCCGGUCCAUUCUCACCAAGCCGGAGGAUACCAUGGACUUUUUCAAAAUUAUGUACAAGGAACCGGAAGGGAAGAGGAUGAUUACGGACAUAGGGUCUUAUGGAUUCCAGUGUGGUCAGAAGGAGGAAAGGUCACUUCUCUAUGCCAGGCUCCAAAAGAGGGACCCCUCAUUUGACCCGGCUAAGAUUAAACUUCCAGCCUUGUACAAGGAAGAACCAUCUCUCCCCUUUCCCUUAGAAUAGGUCACGCCAAGUUUAAUUUGGAACACUUUGAAUUUUCCCAAGGCUUGGGGGAUGUCCGGCCUACUUUUUGACUUGCAUGAUACGUAGAUUUUCUUGGCAUGCUCUUGAAUUUUAUCGGUCAUAUUUGCUUCCAGUUGUAUGGUUGAACUUCUUUUCUUGCAUGGUUAUUGUCUCUUGCAUGAUUGUUUUCCUUGCCCGGUCACCUUUUGAAGUUGCUUGGUUAUACUUGCCUUUUCUUGAACAUGCUUGAUUUAACUUCCAAGUCAAAAACAAUAACCGGUCUUAUCCCUUUGGAGUUGUCCAGGU